CAUUUACGCAUCUUACUCAUCACUAAACUUAAAGGAAACGCGCAAGUCUGGUUACAUGCGCACCCUGCUCGAUUGAUCGAACCAAUUGACAAUUUGCUUGAUCAAUUGUCAUUGACUUUUGGCGAGCAAUCAUCCAAGGCUGAGAUCCGGCGAAAAUUCGAGAGUCGCAAGUGGAAAACCGAGGAGAAUUUCUGCAGUUAUUACGAUGAGAAGAUGGCUCUCUCAAACGGGAUAAACAUCGACGACGACGAACUACUGGACCAGGUGAUAGAGGGCAUACCGCUGCAAAAUUUCCGUACCCAAGCACGGAUUCAAUGCUUCUCUACUCCAUCGGAGAUGCUACGCGCAUUUUCGAACAUCCGUUUGCCAGCUCGGAGGGAGCCACCUGUACAGCCAACCGACUACAAAGAUGCCAUACGAUGCGCAAACUGUAAUUCAAGAGGACACAAAGCUGACAUCUGCAAGAAGCCCAAACGUGAACCAGGUUCGUGCUACGCCUGUGGACAAUUUGGACACCUGGUGGCACAAUGUCCCACAAGGAAGAGCGUUUCAACUAAUAAUUAUAAUGCCUCAUAGACUCUGGCAGUCCUAUAUCUAUCAUUAAAAAGUCACUUAUUAACGAGACAAUGACGUUAGCCCUAGUUAAUACUUCCUAUUUUGGUUUAAACAACUGUAUUCUCAAAACACAUGGACAAACAACAUGUUAUGUAUUGAAAGGAUCAAUAAAAAUAUAUUUUCGUUUAA